AUGGAGACCAAGCUCACUAUGGAGAGCCCCACUGACGUUGCAGCUGGAUCCAUGAUUGUGGAGAACUUGGACUGGGCACCCGAGGAGGAAGCUGCUGUGCGACGGAAGUUCGACUUUACCAUCACGCCUUUGGUGACCGUCCUAUACAUGCUGUGUGCAAUUGAUAGAGCUAACGUCGGCAAUGCUCGCAUUGAGGGCAUGAACGAUGACCUAAACCUCAUUGGUUACAGAUAUAAUAUUCUUCUCAGCGUCUUCUUUGUCUUCUAUCUAGCUGUCGAGAUUCCAAGCAAUGUCAUCCUCAAAAAUGUCGGUCCCCGAUGGUACUUACCCGCCCUCGUUUUCUGUUUUGGUCUCGUCUCUCUCUGCACUGCGUUCGUGCAGUCAUAUCCUGCUAUGAUUGUGGUGAGAGCCUUACUCGGUAUAUUUGAAGGUGGUGCAAUGCCAGGUACCGCAUUUUUCCUCAGCUGCUUCUACAAGAAAUCCGAAUUGUUUUUACGCAUGAGCAUCUUCAUUGCCUCAAGCGCACUGGCGAGCUCUUUUGGGGGUAUUUUAGCGGCAGGGCUUUCUCAUAUCCCUUCAUGGGGAACUGAUGCCAUGGUCAUCAGUAGAUGGCGCAAUAUAUUCUUUGUUGAAGGAUUUAUCACGCUUCUUGUCGCCAUGGUUGCCCCGUUCUUUAUGCCUCAUGGCCCGGGGACCUAUAAAUUCCUUACCCGAAGACAACGAUACAUCGCAGAGGAGAGAAUUCGACGUGAGAACAUAUCUGAAGGCGAGGCCAAAGUAACCUGGAAGCAUGUUCAACGCGCCAUCUUUAACAUUCAUACGAACGUCUGUGCAUGGUGCUUCUUUUGCACUAACAGUGCGGUACAAGGAUUUGGUGCCUUCAUACCUACCAUCCUCCGCGAGUUUGGUUGGACUUCAACAGAGGCUCAGCUUAAGUCAGUGCCGCCGUAUGUGGUGGCUUGUUUUGCAACUAUUAUCCUAGGCUACUUGAGUGACCGUUUGAACAAGAGAGGCAUCUUCAUGGUAGGGAUCCUUCCUUGUUCAAUUAUCGGUUUUUCGAUCCUGAGGUUUUCUGCCAACGUGAACGCCAAGUACGCUGCCGUCUUCUUGAAUGCUAUUGCAUGUUUUGGGGCAAGCAGCGGUUUCCUGAGUUGGGGUAUAAACAAUGCCGGAAGCCCAGCUGUUGCCGCGGUAGCGGGAGGAUAUAUAGUAAUGGUAGGAAGUGCUGGAGGAGUACUCUCAACCUGGACCUAUCUAUCAAAGGAUUCACCACUGUUCCAUACUGGUCAUACCAUUAACCUGUCGCUGCAAUGCUUUUGUUUUUGCUUGGCCUGUUUUGGAAUCGCUCACUGCAUCUACGAUAACAAACUCAGAGCUAUGGGACGAAAGGAUGAUAGGAUCAGAGGCCUCUCCGAUGAGGAAAAAUUGGCACUCGGUCACCGGAACCCUGAGUUCCGCUACAUGGAGUAA